AUGGAAAUAAUUGAUGCCAGCUUUCUCGGGAACGGCACCAACAUCACUGCUUUCCUCUGCGACAUCAUCCUGGAAAAUGACACCAUCUUCUGCCUGGAGGAGCCACCUUAUUCCUCUAAAGAUUUCCACCAGAUAAUUCGGAUUCUGCUCUACUGCUUGAUAUUCCUGCUCAGCAUGCUGGGGAACACGCUGGUGAUCACCGUGCUGGUGAGGAACAAGCGGAUGAGGACGGUCACCAACACCUUCCUGCUGUCUCUGGCAGUCAGUGACCUGAUGCUCUGCCUUUUCUGCAUGCCCUUCACCCUCAUCCCCAACCUGCUGAAGGAUUUCAUCUUUGGUAGUGCUGUCUGCAAAGCUGCUACUUACUUCAUGGGUGUCUCUGUGAGCGUGUCGACGUUCAGCCUGGUUGCCAUCUCCUUGGAGAGGUACAGUGCCAUCUGCAAACCUCUGCAGUCCAGAGUCUGGCAGACCAAGUCCCACGCUCUGAGAGUGAUUGCUGCUACCUGGUGCGUCUCCUUCACCAUCAUGGUACCAUACCCCAUCUACAGCAAGCUGGUGCCUUUCACCAAGUACAACAACACCACAGCAAACAUGUGCCGGCUCCUCUGGCCAAGUGACAUCAUCCAGCAGUCUUGGUACACCUUCCUGCUGCUCAUACUCUUCCUUAUCCCUGGGAUUAUCAUGAUGGUUGCCUAUGGCCUGAUUUCCUUGGAACUCUACAGAGGAAUAAAAUUUGAUGCCAGUCAGAGGAAAUCUUCACGAGAAAGGAAAGCAAGCACCUGCAGCUCCAGGUACGAGGAUGGAGACGGAUGCUACCUCAACAAAACCAAAAGGAAGAGGAAGAUGCCGCUGCAGCAUCUCUCUGCUACCACCCACAGCAAAAUCGACAGGGCCAGAAGCAGCAGCUCCUCGGCCAACUUGCUGGCCAAGAAGCUGGUGAUCCGCAUGCUGGUGGUGAUCGUCAUCCUCUUCUUCAUCUGCUGGACUCCCAUCUUCAGCGUCAAUGCCUGGCGCGCCUUCGACACCGCCUCGGCGGACCGGCGGCUCUCGGGGGCCCCCAUCUCAUUCAUCCACCUGCUGUCCUACACCUCUGCCUGCGUGAACCCCCUCAUCUACUGCUUCAUGAACAAGCGCUUCCGCACCGCCUUCCUGGCCACCUUCGCCUGCUGUGCGCGGCAGCAGCCCCCGGCCACGCGGGGAGAGGGGGGAGACGAAGAGGAGGGGAAGACGACAGGGGCUUCGCUCUCCAAGUGCUCCUACACGCACAUGAACGCCUCUGCACCCCCCUGA